UCACAUUAGUGACGUCUGUCAGUAGAGCCGAGCAAGUGUCGUACGACAGCCAAAAUGGCUCAAAUAAUGAAUGUUUUGUUGCGAAAAUCAGCAAAUUUAGGGCCAGCCAAGGCUCUAUUGAAUGCCGCACCGGCCCUUCUUAAUGCAAACCAAAACCGAGCAGCGCACAGAUGGUUCCCUGAUGAGGAGUAUGUGAAGCAGUUCGAGGGAGCUGUCAUGUACCCGGAUGAGGUCACCUCGUUACUGAAGCACCCGCCCUACUCAGGUAUCGUGGCGCCGGCGGAGAAGCAGGUCCGCAACAUGGUGCUCAACUUCGGGCCGCAGCACCCCGCCGCCCACGGAGUACUGCGACUUGUACUUGAACUCGACGGCGAGACCGUCCGCGCCGCAGACCCACACAUAGGGCUCCUGCACCGCGGCACAGAGAAGCUCAUCGAAUACAAGACGUACACGCAGGCGCUGCCCUACUUCGAUCGCCUCGACUACGUCUCUAUGAUGUGCAACGAACAGUGCUACUCGCUGGCCGUUGAGAAACUUCUCAACAUCGAUAUACCCAUCCGGGCCAAGUAUAUUCGUACGCUCUUCGCCGAGAUCACUCGUAUCUUGAACCACAUAAUGGCGGUGGGCACGCACGCGCUCGACGUGGGCGCACUCACCCCCUUCUUCUGGCUGUUCGAGGAGAGAGAGAAGAUGAUGGAGUUCUACGAGAGAGCAAGCGGGGCGAGAAUGCACGCGGCUUACAUCAGGCCUGGCGGGGUUGCAUUGGACAUGCCCCUCGGCCUUAUGGAUGAUAUAUAUGAGUUCGCGAGCAAGUUCGCCGAGCGUAUCGACGAGGUUGAAGACGUGCUCACCACCAACAGGAUCUGGGUGCAGCGCACCAAGGACAUUGGCAUCGUGAGCGCUCAGGACGCGCUCAACUAUGGAUUCAGCGGUGUAAUGCUCCGUGGGUCCGGUAUCAAAUGGGAUCUGCGCAAGUCUCAGCCUUACGACGCGUACCACCUUGUCGACUUCGAUGUACCGCUUGGAACCAACGGUGACUGCUACGAUCGUUACCUGUGCCGUGUGGAAGAGAUGCGUCAGUCUCUCCGCAUUAUUGAUCAGUGCUUGAACCAAAUGCCGCCCGGCGAGAUCAAAACUGAUGACGCCAAACUUACACCUCCCUCUAGAGAAGAGAUGAAGACCUCCAUGGAAGCCCUGAUCCACCACUUCAAGCUGUUCACGCAGGGCUACCAGGUGCCGCCCGGCGCCACCUACACCGCCAUCGAGGCCCCCAAGGGCGAGUUCGGCGUCUACCUCGUGUCCGACGGCGGCUCCAAGCCUUACAGAUGCAAGAUAAAGGCGCCCGGGUUCGCGCACCUGGCGGCGCUGGAGAAGGUGGGCCGCAACUCCAUGCUGGCCGACAUCGUGGCCAUCAUCGGCACGCUCGACGUCGUCUUCGGCGAGAUCGACCGGUAGAGGGCGCGCACCACGUCGACGAGGGAUUAGGUGCCAACGUUGGCAAGUUUCUAAUGUGGUCAUUGGCAUCUAUUCUAGGGAAAUGUGCUAAAUUGGCAAGAUUUUUAGGAACAUUGGCAACUUUUUAAAGAAAUAGUGCGAA